UGAAGAACAGUGUUCGGAACCAAAAGAAUAUGAGAGUUCUCACAACCGGAUCGCUCCUGCUUGUCGUCUUUUUGCUCGUGAGCGUAGUUCAAGCUCAGGACGACGACGACGGCGACGGCGCGUACGGAGCCGACGACGGCGGAGACGACGGAUACGACGCGCCUGCCGACGACGGCGGAGAUGACGGAGACGACUCCCCCGCGGACGGAGACGACGAUUUCGGAGGGGAUGAGAGCAGACCUCAGCCGGAAUACGUUUCCACAAUCGAACGCGACGAUGACAGCCUAGAAGGCGACGCUUCGAAUAAAGUCGAGGUUAGGGUCGCACCUCACAGACGGAUGAGGCGGUCCCUGGAUCCCAUCGUUAACCGAAUGAGGAGAUCCAGCAAUGGCGGUGGAGUCGUUGGUCCGGUUCACACCUACGUACGAACAGACUACGACGGUAAUUAUCGGUGGGGUGCACGGCAUCACGUCGGAAGUUCCUACGGGAGAGGGAAGUAGAGCCCAUCUUGAAGUCCGUGGUGUCCGGACACGGAAAAUGCACAUUGUACAUUGAUGACGACUGAAUCGCGCGAAACCGACC